AUGCCAGCGCGCAAAUCGGGGCCAUCCAAGGCCACUCCGACCUCCGUCAACCAACGCAAGCGCCAAUUGUCCGAGACUCCGACCACAGCGACUCCAGGAAGCCGGAGUUCGAAGAGGCUGAAGGAGUCGGCUGUUACGCCGAAGGGCGCCAAGACAACACCGACAAAAAGCAAGUAUUUCGAGGAGCCUGACAGCGACGAACCCGACCAGACUGAGAAUUCUGGAUACGAGGACGAGGAUGCUUCAGUGACGGAAGAGCCGUCAAGCAGUGAACUCGAGAGCGAGGAUGACUAUGACUCCGGAGACGCGCCGAACAAACGGCGUGGUGCCAGAAAGCAGGCCAGAGGCAAUGGGCCUGCCAGGCCUGGGACUGUCUCGACAACGACGCUCGCGAAGGGGAAAGAACUCUGGAGACCCGGUGUCAAAACAGGCCUGGGCCCUGGAAAGGAGGUUUUUAUUGAGAAGCCGAAGCCUCGGGGCGAUGGAGGGGUGAAAUACGUCCCGGAAAAGAUUCACCCAAAUACUAUGGCCUUCUUGAAAGACCUCAAGAACAACAACGACAGGGAAUGGCUGAAAAUGCACGAUCCCGAUUACCGGCAAUCAUGGAAAGACUGGGAAAGUUUUGUGGAAACAUUGACAGAAAAGAUCUCUGAGAUCGACGAGACCAUUCCUGAACUGCCGCCCAAAGACCUGGUCUUCAGGAUUUAUCGCGAUAUCCGGUUUUCAUCUGACCCUACUCCUUACAAGCCUCACUUCUCGGCUGCAUGGUCUCGGACGGGGCGAAAAGGACCCUACGCAUGUUACUAUGUCCAUAUCCAGCCUGGAGGGAAGAGUUACGUUGGCGCUGGACUCUGGAUGCCCGAAGCGCAACCACUAGCGCUCGUUAGAGCUGAUAUUGACAGAAAGCCGAAGAAGUUGAGGCGAAUUCUGACAGAUCCCCGGAUGCGGAAUCAUAUAUUGGGCGGGAUACCGAACGAUGAGAAGAAGGUGAUCAAGGCUUUCGCCGCCCAGAACUCGAGUAAUGCCCUGAAAACGAAGCCCAAGGUACGUGCACAUCUCUUCGCGAAGCCAGCUGGCGUGCUCCGUCACCCACCCGAAGGCGCGUUAGCCUCCUCUGCCCGAUGA